AUGGCUGCUCUAGUUACGCGUCCUGCCAAGACGGGGCAAUUCGACUUCCUUCAACUCAGGCAGCAACUGAAAGAUCGCAUUCGCAUGAAGAAAUCAGGAGGCUCUGCUGCUGCUCAAGGCUGCUCGGUUAAUAGUACUACCGAAAACUUCGGAUCCUUUUUUGGUCCCUCAGAGCGUGUCAUGGCCAAGAGAGUGCACGAAGAGAUGAAGGAUUUUGUGCCGGAGUUGAAGAAGUUGGCGUCUAGGGUUCUGAAUUCCGGUGACAAGGCUAAAAGCACCGCAAAGAGUCCUGCCCCCUUGAGCAAGGCAUUGAAGUGUAAAAUCAUCAAGGAGUCCCGGGAUUAUUCCUUUUUGCAAUCCGACAGUGCAGAAAUUCCAAAGCCGUCUAAAGGAGAGCCUGAAGAAGUUGGCAAGAGCAAAACCUCCUCGGCAAAAUCUGAAUCCUCUUCAACAAAGCAAUGCAGCACAAAACCAAUGCCGAAACAAAAGAAAUCCGUCUCGAAACAUCCAAUCAAAUAUCACGUGAAGGAGGAGCGUCCGGAGGCUGUGAUUGGCAAAGCCUCCUUGGCAAAGUCAGAAUCUUGUUCAACAAAGCAACGCUUGAAGCAAAUGGAGCAAUCUGUUGAGCUGAAACGCACAGCAAAACCGAUACCAAAACCGAAACUAUCCGUCUCAAAGAAUCAGGUCAAAGACCGUGUCAAGGAGGAGCAAUCACUUGAUGUUUCUUCUGUGAUCCAGGCGAUAUUUGGGCAUAACCGCAAGCGCCCUAGGGCGGAUGAUGAGGAUGAUGAUGGAGAUGAUCGUGCGAUGGUGUCCAGUUUUGAUGACAUUCUGAAGGAAGAGAGGAAGAGUGCAAAAAUCGCUAGGGAGGAAGAUGAAAGAGAGCGGUUGCUGCUCGAACAAGAGGAGAAGCAAGAAGAAGGAUUAAGAGCAACAAAGAAGCUGAAGAUUAAGAUCAAAUUAUCCAAAACAUGA